AUGCGUGGUGAGCAACGAGAGGACCAUCUAAAGAAAGGAUCAAAUGUUUCACCAUAUGAGGCGUUACUUGCUGGCUCAAUCGCGGGUGGGGUUUCUAGAGCAAUCACUGCUCCUCUAGAUACCAUCAAGAUACGACUACAGUUGGAGACACGAAGUUUUCAUCAACGACAGUCCAUUUCCACAGUGGUUAAAAGCUUGCUUAAAAAUGAGGGUGUUAUUGCCUUGUGGAAGGGUAACGUACCUGCCGAAAUCUUGUACAUAUUGUAUGGUGGGGUUCAAUUCACAUCAUACUCUAUUUUGAGUUCCAACCUUUCUCGGCUUGAGCAACACUACAGAUUCAGUUUAUCACCAGCAAUACACUCAAUGGUGGUUGGAGCAGGAGCGGGAUUGGCAAGUACGCUAGCAACUUAUCCAUUUGACUUACUACGGACAAGGUUAGUAGCAAACAAAGAAAGGGACCUAGUUUCAAUGAGGAGUGCAAUUCAGCAAAUCCUCAAAUCUGAAGGAAUAAGUGGAAUGUUUGCUGGAAUAAGGCCUGCUAUUAUUUCAGUUGCAUCCACUACCGGACUCAUGUUUUGGUCAUACGAGUUAGCAAGAUCGUUUUCACAAGAGUACAGAAAUAUCCCAUUUAUAGAGGGCAUUUGCGGAUUCAUAGCGGGUGUAACUUCAAAGGGUAUAACAUUUCCAUUAGAUACUUUAAGAAAGAGGUGUCAGGUUUAUGCUGUUGUCCAUGGAACCAAGCCAGUAGGAGCAAUGCGACUUUUCUUUGAUAUUAUCAAACAAGAGGGUGUUUUAGGUCUAUACAAAGGUUAUGGAGUUAGUAUAUUGAAAACAGCUCCUACUAGUGCGUUAUCGUUAUGGAUGUAUGAAUUUACCAUUUCCUUUAUGAAACACACACCAUUUUUAUAA